UUUUAUAGUUGAUAAUUAUUAAUUGUUAAGCAACUAAUACCUCAAACUAAAAUCGAAUCUCGCGUUUAGACUAUGUUUCAUCUCGGCAAGCAGUUGAUUGGCAGGGCGCCAAAGCUCCCACUGAGUGCCGGCACCGCUGUGACUGUGGCCGGAGUCCAAAGUGCCGCAAACAAUCCUAAUCGGUGCAACAACAAACCCGUUCAAAAGCUUGUUAGCCAUAAUCUUACCCAUAAGCGCUUGUCCAGCACCAGUCAAAGUUCAAGCGUCAACCAGAUGAAGCGUUUAGCAGGGAAAGUUGCCGUGGUCACCGCCUCCACAGAUGGCAUUGGCUUUGCUAUUGCCAAACGGCUAGCAGAAGAUGGAGCCUCCGUGGUGAUCAGCAGUCGCAAGCAAAAGAACGUGGACAACGCCCUGGCGGAGCUGCGCAAACUGAACCUGAAUGUCCACGGCCUGAAGUGUCACGUGAGCGAGCCCCAGGAUCGCAAGCAGCUCUUCGACGAGACCAUCAGCAAGUACGGCAAGCUGAACAUAUUGAUAAGCAAUGCGGCCACCAACCCCGCCGUCGGUGGGGUCUUGGACUGCGACGAGAAGGUGUGGGACAAGAUCUUCGAUGUGAACGUGAAGAGCUCGUAUCUGCUGGCCAAGGAGGCGCUGCCCUAUCUGCGGCAGGAGAAGGGCUCCAGCAUUGUGUUCGUCUCCUCCAUUGCGGGCUACGAUGCCUUUGAGCUGCUGGGAGCAUACUCCGUCAGCAAGACGGCGCUCAUCGGCCUCACCAAGGCUGCAGCUAAAGAUCUGGCGCCAGAGGGCAUUCGCGUGAAUUGCCUCGCUCCCGGCAUUAUCAAGACAAAGUUCUCGAAGGCCCUGUACGAGGAUGAGUCAGCGAACGAGGCGGCCCUCAUGAAGAUUCCCAUGGGUCGCCUGGGCACCAGCGAGGAGAUGGCCGGCGUCGUCUCGUUCCUGGUGAGCGAGGACGCUGGAUACAUUACGGGCGAGGCCAUCGUGGCCGGCGGUGGCAUGACUGCGCGUCUGUAAGCGGUGUACAUAAAUAUAUUUCCUUAGAGACUAUGGAUAACAGGCUUGAAUACAAA